UGUCGUGUUGGCUGGAGGGUCAUGAAGGGAAAGACGGUAUUAUCCCUGGUUACCAAACUCCCCCCGUCCCCAGAUCAGUAGAGGUCGUUGGAAGAGAACUUAGCUCUGACUGGGCCGCCUAGGAGGAGCCGUAAUAGGGCCUCCUGGUCGCCAUUUGAGACGAGACAGUGGGCUUUGGCGGGGGGAACUGGGGGGAGGGUGUGUGUGUAUGUGUGUGUGUGUGCGCGUGCGUGCUUGCGUGUGUACAUUGGACAUACUUUUUGCUCAUCGACGCUGUCAGCCGCCAUCGGGGUCCAGUUAGAAGUUAGGGUCGAGCAACUCGGUGUUCCCGACUCCAUGGUCUGGGGGAGGAUGCUUAUUUUGUUUGCGUGGUAUUCAGAAAUGUGAUAGCCCUUAUUUAGUCAAACAACUUCAUUUGUAAAUUUGGAAUGCUGAAGAAACGUUACAGACUUUGAUAUUGAAAAAAAUGAAGAGAAACCUAAGUGAAAAUUCAACUCGAAGUACAGCAGGCUGUUUGCCUGUACCAUUGUUCAAUCAGAAGAAGAGGAAUAGACAGCCAUUAACAUCCAAUCCACUUACAAAUGAUCCAAGUAGCAGUACUGCUUCUGACAGUUAUGAUUUCCCUCCUUUACCACCAGAUUGGGCUUGGGAAGCUGUGAAUCCAGAGUUUCCUCCUUCAAUGAAAACAGUGAACACAGGGCAAAUACCACAUUCAGUUUCUCAUCCUCUGAGAAGUCAAGAUUCCGUGUCUAAGUCUAUUCAAUUAAAUACUGAAAGAAGCAAGAGUCACUGGAGCUACAAGGAUGGCAGCAAAAAUACCAGCUGGAAACCAUCGGACAGAAAUGAUGUUAGGCCUCAAUGCAAAAGAACAAACCUGGUGGCAAAUGAUGGAAUAAAUUCCUGUUGGGGAGCUCAGCAAGGGAAACAAUUAAGAAUAUCAGAACCUCCUAACUUAUCUCACCAAAGAGAAGCCAAAGUACUCAGACAAACACAUUCGUCAGAAAUACCUGGCUCCACAAUGAGAGGUCUAGACAAAAGCAGUGCUUUACAGGCAUUUAAACCAAGUUUUCAACAAAGUUUAUUUAAGAAGAAAAUGUUGGAUGAUAUUCCAGAAAAAAGUAGUCUUAAGGAAAGCUCAUUUUAUCAGUUAAAGCUCAAGGAAAAAGAUAAUUCUUUAAGAAUUAUAUCUGCAGUUAUUGAAAGCAUGAAGUACUGGCGUGAACGUGCACAGAAAACUGUACUUCUUUUUGAAAUACUGGCUGUUCUCGAUUCAGCUGUUACACCUGGUCCAUAUUAUUCAAAGACCUUCCUUAUGAGAGAUGGGAAAAACACUCUGCCUUGUGUAUUUUAUGAAAUAGAUCGUGAACUUCCAAGACUGAUUAGAGGCCGAGUUCACAGGUGUGUUGGAAACUAUGACCAGAAAAAGAAUAUUUUCAAAUGUGUUUCUGUUAGACCAGCAUCUGUUUCUGAACAAAAAACUUUCCAAGCCUUUGUUAAAAUUGUAGAUGCUGAGAUGAAAUAUUAUACUGAUACAAUGAAUGAAAUUUAAAUAGUAAUAAGGGAAGUUUAAAUAUUAUAAUUUAAAGCAUUUUCUUAUUGUUUAAAUGAUCAUCUCCAUACUUAUAGCUGUUGUUUUUUGUAGUUCAUU